AUGUCUGCCAUUAAGAAAGUCGCUAUCAUCGGGGCCUCCGGAAACCUUGGCCCAAAGGUGCUUGCUGGGCUUCUCGAAGGCGGUUUUGAAGUUACUGCCAUCAGCAGGAAAGAAUCCACAGCCACAUUUCCCUCUGGAGUUGCUGUUAAGAAAGUCGAUCUGUCUUCGGUUGAAUCUGUUACGGAAGCCCUGAAGGGACAAGACGCCGUGGUCUCUACUGCUGCAACGGCAGCGGUUGGCGCGCAGAAGGUCCUGAUUGAUGCCGCUGUUGCUGCACAAGUCAAGCGAUUCAUCCCGUCAGAGUUCGGAAUUCACACUCGUGAUGCCCAAGGGACCAAGAUCGGUGCGAUUUUGAAGUCCAAGGUUGACAACACCGAUUACCUGAUCGAGCUGUCUAAGAAGCAUGAUUGGUUUAGCUGGACUGGCAUCGCCGUCGGCCCAUUCUUUGAUUGGGGCUUCGACAAGGGCUUGCUGGGUCUCGAUGUCAAGAACAAGGCCGUCACCAUCUUCGACUCUGGGAACGAGCCAUUUUCUGCCUCUUCCCUUGCGUUUAUUGGGCAGUCCGUUGCCGGCGUGCUCAAGAACCCCCAAGCAACCGCCAACAAGUACAUCACCGUCGCUUCUUUCACGACUACUCAACGUGAGCUACUAAAGGUUGUUGAGGAGGAAACCGGCUCCACCUUUACGGUCAGCAACGUCAAGACCUCCGACCUGGAGAGGAUCGCCGACGAGAAACUGGCGAAGGGAGACUACAGUGCUUUCAUCCAACUACUGCAACAAUACGUGUUUGGAGAUGGUCAAGGGCAUGCAGUAAAGGAGAACGCCGCCGUUACACUUCUGGGACUACAAGAACUGGAUUUGAAGACCGAGACGAAGAAGGCUCUCGCCGCAGUCAGCUAG